AUGGAAAAGGAAUCGAAAACAAAUACUUUCCAAAUCGAACACUUGAACGGUGAAAAUUAUUCAACAUGGGCUUUCAAAAUGCAAGCCAUUCUGGAAAUUAAAGAUGUUUGGAUUACAAUUGAAAGUGAAGCAAGACCUGAAGGAAUUACAGCAGAAAUCUGGAAAGAUAAAGAAUCACGGGCUCGUCAACUUAUCGCCUUACACGUUGAAGGAAAAGAAGUCGUUCAUAUCAAAAAGUCUAAGACCGGAAAGGAAGCAUGGAAUGAAUUUAAAACCAUGUAUCAACGCCGUACGGCAGGCGCUCAGAUGCGAACUAUUCGCAAUUUAACAUCAUUACGGUUCAAGCCGGAAGAAAACAUGCGCGAUCAUAUGAAUAAAAUCGCAAAAUGGAUAGAUGACUUGAGUGAACAAGAUGAACCACUCAAGGAAAAAUUCGCUUGUGCAAUCAUACUUGGAAGCGUGAGCGGUGUGUACGGAAAUCUCGUCACAGCAAUCGAAGCUUGGAAUUCAGACAAUAUCACCAUUAAAAAUGUUCGAGGUGCUAUCAUUGAAGAAUGGGAAAAGAAAAAAGCUGAAGCUGAACUGGAAGAUGUUGAUCGAUUCAAAGUUUAUCACCCUUCGUUCUAA